AUGUCGGACAACGAACACGCCAUUCUUAACCUCACGGCCGACGAAAAGCGCGCAUACGGAUAUCUCUUCAGCCAGGCGGAUAAAGAUCAGCUGGGCGUGGUGACGGGCGAAAAUGCCGUCAACUUCUUCGAGCGCACCCAGGUCUCGCCCAAUGUACUCGGUCAGAUCUGGCAGUUGGCGGAUACGGAGAACCGCGGACUGCUGACGAAACUCGGCUUUUGCAUGGUUCUGCGCCUGAUCGGACACUAUCAAGCUGGAAGAGAGCCUACACCAGAGCUGGCAUUAAAGCCAUCCCCCAUACCCAAAUUCGAGGGAUUACCCAUACCGGGAGCGACGGGACCUGGCAGUGGCAUACCCRGCCCCAAUGUCGGACAAUUCCCUCCCAAUGCUCUCCAGCCGCAGGUCUCUGGUCAGCCUCCCAUUCGCGUUCCUCCCCUCGAUCCCCUGAAGGUGCAGCAGUACUCGGGGCUGUUUGAGCGAUCGGGUGCACAGAAUGGGCAACUGGACGGCGCGACUGCAAAGGCCAUCUUCGAGCGCGCCGGAUUGCCGAAUGAGGUGCUGGGACGGAUUUGGAUGCUGGCAGAUCGUGAACAGAGGGGCGCUCUGGACCAGACGGAGUUUAUUGUGGCCAUGCAUCUUUUGACGAGCAUGAAGACAAGGGCAAUGAGCGCCUUGCCGAACAUCUUGCCUCCUGGGCUGUACGACGCGGCAGCGAGGCGAGGGCUUCCAAACAGACAAGCCAGUGGUCCAACUGCGAUUCCUAGGCAGGUAUCUGGCACCCCGGCCAACAGCAUCCCGAGAACGCAGAGUCCGCUCUCAAGGGCACCGGGAUAUGGUACCCCACCUGUACAGUCUUCUCAGUCGACAGGUGUCCCAUGGAUCAUCACACCGGCCGACAAAGCCAAAUUUGAUGCCUUCUUCACCUCAAUAGAUGUUCAGCGACGCGGAAUCCUCAGUGGCGAGCAGGCGGUGUCGUUCUUUUCGGACUCGCAGCUCCCAGAAGAGACACUUGCAUCAAUCUGGGAUCUAGCAGACAUCAACAGUGAAGGUCAGCUCAACAAGGAUGAAUUCGCCGUGGCCAUGUACCUUAUCCGUCAACAGCGGGCGCCAAAUCCCCCACCGCUGCCAGCAUUCUUACCGCCAGCUCUGGUUCCGCCUACAAUGCGUAAACAACAACAGCAGACACAAUCGACAGCGCCUGCAUUUGACAAUGCCAACAACACGUCCAAUCUACCUAAAUCAGCCGCCGAUGACCUGUUUGGGCUUGAUGAGCCAGCUCAGCCGCAAGUGGCUCCUCCAGUAGCAGCGAUCAAAACGCAAGUCACAGGCACACCAGCGACUCGCGAUCCGUUCGGGGGAAGCCAACCAGGAAGCCCCGCGAGUCCGCAGCGAUUUCAGCCUGUCUCGCAACUCCAGCCCCAAAACACUGGCUUCAAGCCUUUUAUGCCUACAUCUGCAUUUGGCGCUAGCCUUACUUCGCAGACCACCGGCGGCUCUUUUGCUUCAAACCAAAAUGCGGUAUCUCGUGGAGUUCCUCAAUCCGCCGGGAUUGAUGAUCUCCUAGGAGACAACGACGCCAGUGCGGAGGAAAGCAAUAAGCUGAACAAUGAAACCACCGAAUUGGCGAACAUGAGCAACCAGAUUGGCAAUCUACGAACGCAAAUGGAGCAGACGCAGAGCAAGAAGAACGCUACUCAAGCGGAUCUCACCACAACCAGCAACCAAAAGAGAGACCUGGAAAUCCGCCUCCAGCAGUUCAGAGCUCAGUACGAACAGGAGGUUCGAGCCGUCAAGGAGUUGGAGCAGCAGCUUACCGCAUCGCGGGACUCUACGAAGAGGUUGGGCCAAGAACUCGCGAUGCUUGAGGGCAACUACCAGGACCUGCAAACACAACAUCAGACUGUGUCCUCUGCACUGCAAGCCGAUCAGCAGGAGAAUGCAAGCUUGAAGCAGCGAAUCUCUCAAAUAAACGCCGAGGUCGCGCAAUUGAAGCCUGAGAUUGAGAAGUUAAAGCUAGACGCCAGGCAGCAAAAGGGCAUGGUCAGCAUCAACAAGAAGCAGCUCGCUACUGGUGAGAGUGAGCGUGAUCGACUUCAAGGCGAGAAGGUGGAGCUGGGCCGUGAGAUCGCAGACUAUGAAGAGCAGGCACGAAAUGCACCUGCCGCGGAGCCCGCAUCGAAUGUUGUCAGUCCCGCUGCGAGUGUCAUGAGCGCCAACAACCCAUUCUUCAGGAAGGAGACUAUUGACCGCUCCAUGAGCCCUAGUCCGCCGCCCCUUACCCAGACUGGACACGUCGCGCCUAACCCAAGCGCAUUUGACGCGAUCUUUGGGCCAUCUGCUGCGUUUGGUCGAUCUGGCAGUGGAACAGCUACGCCACCAGCCACAUCAUUCGUUGACCGAUCCAUUCCCAGUGCUUCUGCCGUGCCAGUCGGGAUGUCUGACAGUGUGCAGAGUGUAUCUUCGCAUGGCGAGCCAACUCCAUCUGCAACUCCACCACUUUCGGAGCAUGUCAAAGCAAGCCCGUUUGAACCUCCACCACCACCCGAGAACCAGCAGUUCUCCGCAUCUGAGCUUCCGGUCGUUAGCGUUGACAGAAGUGUGCCCGCAAGUGUUACCAGCUCGACCAGAGUUGUGCCACCUGGGAGCAGAGCUGGCGGCAUCGAGACGCCGCGGGAGGCGCUCCCAAGUCCUGUCGUCUUGCCAGAGCAGCACGUUUCCGGAACCCUCGCCGAAGAUCCUACGCCAGACAACGCAGCCCAUGAUGGUAUUCCCGGCGCGUUCCCCGAAGCUACUCCAAUAGCGUMGCGGAGUGUAACACCAGCAGCUGCCAAGGACGACUUUGACUCGGCGUUCGCUGGGUUUGGAUCUGCUGAUGAAGCGAAGCAGUCUGCACAGGAUGAUCCCUUCGCAACCAGAGCACCGGCCAAUGGUGCGAGCUCUGAAUUCCCUGAGAUCAAGUAUCUCGAACCCGAGGACAGCGAUAGCGAAGAUGAAACUGAUCGAGGUUUCGACGAUGAUUUUACAGCAGCAUCACCGCCCCAAGCUCAGACUUCGAGUGCAGGCAUCUCAGGGCCGUCCGAAGCCGCUGCUGCUGCUGCAGGUUUGCCAGGUAUUGAAGCGCAGACCUCGCCGCCGACAUAUGAAGAGAGUGACCAGCCAUCGCAUGGCGGUCAGGGUGAGCAUGGCGGAGCAGGCCAAUUCCCACCCGAGUUUGGUGGUCUGUUGCCAUCGAGGGAAGACCCAACGAACUCGCCGCCACCUACGGAGACCAUUGCCGCACAGCCGUCGGCGGAUGUACAUGAGACACAGUCCACAGUCCACACCCCACCAGCGAACGGUGGAGCUUCGCUGGCGCCUGCACCCAACAGUGAGACAGCACAAGCUUCUGCUCCUGCUCCUGCCAAGAACGCUUUUGACGACUUUGACGAGUUCGACGAUCUCGCAGAGGCAAAAGAAGCCGAGAAGGCCGGGAGUGAAUUCGAUUUUGAGCAUAAUGAGCCAAGUUCUGAAUUCAAUCCAGCCUUCGACUCGCCCGCUGCCAGCAUGACGACCACGAUGACCUCUUCUCAACAGACGCCUAUUGCUUCAUCUAGAUCGAUACACCAGGAAAACAAUGGGUUUGGCAGUUUCGCACCGUCUACGGCCACAAGCAGUGCAUUUGCAAGUGGUGCAGAUGCUGGUACAAGCAGUCUCCAGCAGACUCCAAGCAACUCGCAGCACGACUGGGACGCCAUCUUCUCGGGCUUGGACGGCUCCAACACUGUGGAUACGUCCCUACCGGCUAGCGACCCGUGGGGGACAUCAACUACCGAUGAAACCAUUGCACCAGCUGCGACGCCCGCCACACUCUCAAUCCCAGCUUCCAAGUCUUCGGCCGUUCCUGAUAGGGGCGGAGCGCUUACGCCUGGAACAGAGCACGAUGAUCCCAUCUUGAAGCGAUUGACAGGGAUGGGUUACCCUCGAAUGGAGGCUCUGGAUGCAUUGGAGAAGUUUGACUAUGACAUUAAUAGGGCAGUAGACCACUUGACAAAGUGA